UUAGUUUUCAAUUUCUUCGCAUUUAUAAUCCGUUCAUAAUCAACCGUCUAAAAUGUAAGUGAAAUGAAUGAACGAACAAGAAAAUUGUAUGUGAUAAAAGAAUGAAAUGUACACCGAGUAGUGGAUUCAAUAUAUUUUAAGUAUAAAUUUCUGACACUCCAAUAAAAUCAUAUGUGACAACGAUCUACUGAUAUCGACAUCAAUGGCAAUAACUGGCAAUAAUCGUGCCUACAUAUGUAUAUGAUUUCCACGCCAAAUUUUUAAUAUCGCACUGUAAACGUCUUCUUCGCGAAGAAUUAAAGUAAUGGGUAUGGUAGCCGAUAAUUUCUGACAAUGCUUUCUUGUACAUUGUAGAAUAAUCCUUCAGAUUAUGUUUAAACUUGAAUUAUUGUUAACUUCGAUCCCAACCUAAUUUCACAUAAACACAUUUAUGGAAAUUCAUAAAGUUUGAUUGAAACGACACGGGUGUUCGUAAUAUUUUGCAAAAAUGUUUAAGAAAUUUAAAGACAAGCUUGCGGAAGAAAUGAAACAAUCGCCUGCCAGAUUACAGGCGAGCAUGCAGCAAUUGGCCCAGGCCGUCACAUCUCCAGCUUUAUCAAAUAGUUCGAUACAAGAACUAUCUACAUCCAAUGACAAUUUUAGUCUGACGGAGGAAGGAGAUGAAACACCAAAAAACAGUCCUGCUAAACAUGGUUUUCAAAAUGUGGAUUUGAUGUCUCCUACACCAAAUUCUACAGGUAUUUCUAGGAGGUCAUCAAAUAGCAGUAUUACCAGUGAUACUUCGUCGCUUUUUCCAAUUUACGAGAGUUCUGCUAAUUUAUAUCAUUUGCAGUCUGAUAUGGAUCAAUCUGCUAGCGAAAUAGAUGAAAAUAUAAAUCCACAAUUAGAUAAAGUUUCAAAAGACCAUAUAUACUCUGCAUACAGAAAAAUACAAGCAAAAUAUCAUAAAUAUCGUGGAAGGUACACUGAUUUAGCAACACAUUAUCAAGAGUUAGAGAGAGAAAACAGCAAAUUAAAAUCAGUUUUAGUAGAAAGUCAGGAUAAAGCAUUGAGACGAAUAACAGAUUUGAAAGAACAAUGUCAGUUAGAACAGCAGGCAAAAGCUCAUUUAGAGGAGGCAUUAAGAAAUGACAUAGAGGAAAAAGGUCACAUAAUAAACACAUUAAAUACAAAGAUAAAACUUUUGCAAACAAGUGGACCAAAUUCAGAUGAUGCAACAUCAGAUGCGAAUGAUUAUAAAGAAAAUUUAAAAGAUAAUCUCAUUGACUUUAAUGCCGAAUCAUCUAAUAAUUCUAAUGAAAGUGCAUUGUUAACAGAAAAUGCACAACUGAAGGAUAAACUGAAGAAAUUAGAAAAUGUUGUUCUCAAAUAUAAGGAGUCCUUAAAACGAAACAAAGAAAAGUUUACCGAAGUACUAACAGAAAAAAAUACAUUAGAAUCAAAUUAUGCAGCGCUACAAAAUUCCUAUACGGAAAAAGAAACAGAAUUAAAUAACGCGUCUGUAGAAAUCAAAAACAUAACAGACCAAAUGAACAUUUUAAAACAACGCGAAGAGGAAUCUGCUAUAUCAUUAGCUGAAAAUAAACUUUCUAUACACAGAGAAUUGGAAGACAAAGAAGAACAAAUCAAACAACUUCGGUUAGACUUGAAACACAUGUCAGAAUGUAAGGCCGACUUAAGUGAAACUAUUGACAAAUAUAAAACUGAAGUGGAGAAACUGAAAUUACUACAUUCUACUCAAAAUUUAGAUUCGGAGAAACAAGAAGUCAUACAAGAUAUCUCUCGGGGGAAGUCGGAAGCUUUAAAACUUAUGCAGCAGGAAAUGCAACAGAAAUUAAUUAAUUUGGAAGAGAACAUGGGAUUGAAAUAUCACGAAGAGGUUGAUCGUAAUAAAGAGCUUCUAAAACGAUUGGAGAAACUUGAAAAAGAAAAUAUACCGGAGAAAACUUCAAAAGUAGAUAACGAUGAAAUAUUUCAAGAUUUGAAGUCUAAAUUAGAUGGGAAGGAAAGUGAAUUAGAAGAAAUGAGACAUAAGUUAGAGGAAUUACAAAAGCUUUCUGAAGAGUAUCAAAAUGAAAGGGGCAAAUUAUUUAUAGAACUUUCAAACUCCAAACUUAGCUCUACAGAAUUAAAGAACGAACAAGAUGCACAGAAAAUUAUUCUAGAAGAAAUAAAGAAAGAAGCGCAGACAACAAUUGAGAAACUGCAGGCUACUGUGCAAAGUCUUGAUAAGGAAUUAGAAAAUAUGAGGAGUGCUUUGGUAGAUAGAGAUAAAGUAUGUGAAAAUUAUAACAUUAAAGUUCAUGAGUAUGCAGCAAUGUUAGAAAAAGCUAAAGAGAAAUUAUAUACGCAGGAUUUAGAAAUAAAAACUCUUAAAGAAAAGACGCAAGACCAUACAGAAAUAAAGAAAUUAAACGACGAAUUAGAAAAUAAAAACACUGAAUUACUUGGAGUGUACAGUGAACUUGAAUCUUGUAAAAGUAGUAUCACUGAUCUUAGAACCAGACUUCAAACAGAUAGCUUUAAUAAUUACUCACUUCAAGAAGAUAAAAAUAUUUUAAUUAAAAAUAUUCUAAGUUACAAAGAUUCUGUACGAGGGUUAAAAGAUGACACUAUGUAUAUUAAAAAUAAUGCAAUGAAACUCUUCGCACAGUUUAAUACUGAAAUUUCUGUUUUGAAGAAUGUACUUACUACAUCGCUGGAACAGAAUGGUAAUAUUCAAAAUGACGAGGUACAAAAUUUACAAACUACGUUAAAAGAUUUGGAAGAAUUUAAACAGAAAUACAAUGAGCUAAAAACAGAACUAGAUGAUGUUACAUGUCUUAAAUCAAACCUAGAAGUAGAUUUAGAGACAUAUAAGGAACAGUUAAUACAGAUGUCGAUAAAACUUGAGCAACAAAAUGAACUUGAUUUAAAAAAUUGUAAACUUAUAGCUGAAAUUGAUAAUCUUAAUUUUAAAUUACAAGAUUUAUGUAACUUAUCAGUAAAAGUAAAAUCGUUACAAACAGAAUCAGAAUCUUUAAAAGAGGAACUCCGCACCGUUAAUGCUACGAAUCAGUCACUUACCAGUGAAGUAUCCAACUUAAAAGUACAACUUGAAACUGCAAAUAAAAGUACAAAAGAACUAGAAGAAUUUAAGCAAAAGUAUAUGGAAACUACAGAAACUAAUUAUAAUAAAUUGGAAGAACAAACAAACUAUUUACAAUCGGAAAUACAGUCUCUAAAAGGAAAUAUCUGUGAAAAAGAAAUGGAAAUAAAUACUCUUAGCGAAGCAUUGAAGACUAAAGAAAAUUGUAUAGAAAGUUUAAAUGUUGAUAAUAAAAAUCACGUAAAGUUAAUUGAAGAACAUGAAAUACAAAUUACCGAACUUACAACCUCAAAUAAAACGUUACAAAAAACAAUACAAACAAAAUUAUCUCAAUUGAAAAAGUUAAAAACUGUUAAAGACCAACAAGAUAUAACAAUAGAGAAAUUAAAUGAUGAAGUUAAUGAAAUAAAGACUAGAAAUAUUGAAUUAUUGGAACAGUUAAAAAUAUUGGAAAAAGAAAUAGAUGUAUUGAAAUCCGAAAACUGCCAAAUAAUGACUCUAAAAGAUAGUAAUUCAACUAUAGCGUCAGAGUUGGAACAAUUAAAAUUAAUCCAAAGUGAGAUCAACUUGGAAAAUAAAAAUUUAAAAGAUAAAGAGAAUGAGUUUUUGAAACAUAACCAAAAGUUGUAUGAGACUAAUGAAACAUUGAAACAAGAAGUUUCAAAUUAUGAGGAACAUAAUCAGAAAUUAUUAAAUGACAGUAUACAAUUGAAUAAGGAGAUCGAAUUGCACAGAAAUCGUUCGAGUGAACAAAAUCAAGAUAUAGAAAAUUUGAAGAGUCAAAUAAUGAUAUUAAAUACAGAGUUGCAGUCUAAAACUGAAGAACUAACAUUAGAAACUGAACAACUGAUAUUAUACAAGAAGGAAGCAGAAGCAAUUAAAGAACAUCUUACGAUAAAAAAUAAGGAAUUAUUUAAUGAAAUAUCUGAAUUAAAAUUAGCUUUAGAGAAUAAUAAAAACAUAGAAGAGAAAAAUGCAGAACUUUUAAUAAAUUUAGGAUUAUUGGAACAGAAACUGACAACACUAAAAUUAUUUGAAGAAGAGAAUAACAAAUUAAAACUAGAACUUAAUAUUUUAAACGAAGAAAAAAUUAAAUUAGAAAAAUUAUAUCUACAAAAUAGCGAAUUGGUUAGUGAAAAUUUUUCUUUCAAGAAUAAAAUUGCGGAAUUAGAAAAUGUGGAUUCUGUGAAUGCAGAACUUCAAUCUCAUGUAAAUAACUUAAAAUCUGAAAUUUCCAGUUUACAGCAAAUAGAGUCUAAGAAUAUUGAAUUAAAAGCUGAACUUGAUACAUUGAGAGCAACGAACUUUAAAUUACUGGUUAAAAUAAAAAAAAUAUCUAUAGGUAAAGUUAGAAACAUAGAGUUAGUAGCAGAAUUAGAUGAAUUAAAAUUUGUAGUAGAUGAGAAAGUAGCAGAGUUAAAAUUAUUGGACUCCAGAAAUACAGAAUUGUUAAGAGAAAUUGAAAGACUAAAAUCUUCAACGAUAGAAGAAGAUACAGAAGUAGAAAUAUCAAAAAGUAAUAUUGAAUAUUUAAAAGAAAAUAUUACUAAGCUAGAAGUACAAGCAGAGAUUCUUAAAGAAUCGAAUACUGCAUUACAAAAAGAAAUACAAAAUAUUCAUGCUAAUAAGGAUCUAGAUGAAUCCCUUAGCGAAGAAAGUAAUAGAUUACAAGAAGAAAAUACAAAAUUGAAGGCACAAUUGGACGAGGCAUUAUUAACAUUCCAGGCAAAAGAAUCACAAAUGCAAAUUAUCAAUAAUGAAUUAAAAAAUCAAACAGAUAAAUUACGAGAAGAAUUAAAAACAAAUGAAGAAGAACAAAGUAUGAGAUUGAAACAAUUGGUUAAAGAAUUUCAGGCUCAGUUACAGGAUAAAGAAGAAGAAUUACAUGCUGCACUGGAAAAACGGUUUGACCACCAGCAAAAUUACGUAUCAAAUCUUAUGCAACAAUACAAAGAACAAUUAAAAGAUUUGCAAAUAGAAUUAGCAGCAAAAUCUGAACAAAUUGAAAAUCUAAUUUUAGAAAAUAAGAAUCUAAUGGCCCAAAAAGCAAAGGACAUGAAUCAAUUAAUGGAGAAAAUUACAUUAAUGAAAAAGGAACACACAGAUGAACUUAGAGAAAGUGAAAAAAAAUGGAAGUCAAUUAUACAACAAAAAACUGACAAUCUAGAAGCAAAACACGAUGAAGAAAUUAAUGAAUUAACAAAAGAAUGGCGUAACGAAAGGAGGCCUGAUAUACAAACUGAUUUAGUUACCAAGGAAUUAGAGAGUACUUCGCGAGUUGCAAUGGCGGCAGUGCAAUCGAAUACUGGUUCUUUUCAUACCCUUCAACAAACACUGACAGCUCAGAGGCGCGAAUUAUCAGAACUUAGAAAAUUAGUAAAAUUAAGAAACGAUACAUUAGAAGAUUCAACAGAAAUCGAAUACCUUAGAAAUAUUUUAUUUGAGUAUAUGAUGGGAAGAGAAACAAUGGUGCUUGCAAGAGUAAUUGCUGCAGUUGUUAAAUUUGAUCAAGAACAGACAACAAAAAUACUUAAGAAAGAAGAGGAUAAGAUGACAUUGCUUGGUUCUCUGGGUCUCACAUAGUGCAAAGUAGUGUAUAUAAUUUAACGCUGUGUAAGUACUUUUGUAUAUUAGGUUGUAAGUAUCUUGUAUUUAUUCAUAAAGCAUAUAGUUUGAAAGACUUAAUAUGGUUUAAAAAAUUAUAAAGUACAUAAUAUGUAGGAAAUACGUAUGUAUAAUGUAAAAAGUUUUGCACAGUUUACUGAUAGGUAUAUGAUACGGUAUGAUUAAUUUCAUGUUUUAGUAUAUCUCUCAUCGUA